UUGUUUUCUUGGACAUCUGUACAUUUUAUGUAUUAUCCUUUGCAAAUAUUCUUUAUUAGAGCUGAUACUCCCAUAAUUAAUACGCAAAUUGAUUGUUCGAUAGGUUGCUCAAUUAAUUGGCCUGGAAAUCCUAGUAAUAAUGUUUUCAAGUCGUUGUAUGACUUACAAAAUAUAUAUUUUUUUCUCAGAUUUUACAUAAAAUUACUUGGUUCGAUUGGCUUUAUGAAUAGAAGGUCUUUGUUUUUGUUGAACACAAACUGACAAAAAGCCCCAACCGAAAGAAAUGUCACUGUCAUUUUAAAAUCAAUAAAUAAUAAUCUAUGUUUUUGAAAUGGAAUCGAAAAUUAUUAACAAUGAUGAGAGAAAUCUAAUUCAGUUCUAAAAAUCUAUGAGAAAAUGGUUCACUGUUGUGUUUUGGGCUGUGUAAAUCGAAGUGAACGGAAAUGUGAAAAUAUAACCUUUCACACAUUUCCUAAAGCCGACGAUACGAGAAAUAAAUGGAUAGCAUUUACUGGAAGAAAACAAUGGAAACCAAGUAAAUACGACCGCAUGUGUAGUAAGCAUUUUGAAAGCUAUUGCUUUUAUAAAACUAAAUUCAAGGUUUACUUAAGAAACUAUGCUGUACCAACACUAUCUAAACACCGUGUGGCUAAUUCUGUUCAAUGUAGAUAUUCCAGGUAUAAAAAUAAUGAACCAACAUUAGAACAGACAAAUACAAUUACAUUACAAGUGCCUGGUUAUAAUACGAAACCUUCUAAUGACAAGGAGGUCAUAAGGAAAGUUUACCAAUCACCAAGAUCAAAAAAAUCUGCAGCUGAUUUCAUAAGUAAUAAUCGGGAUGAUGGUGAUGAAGAGACGGAUGAUGCGAUAACUGAUGGGAGUGACAAGGAUGACGAUAUAGAAAUCACUUUCGAUCCAACGUCAUUCCCUGUACAAACACCACUCUCAGUAAAGGAUGAAGUAAUUGAACCUGAGGAAGAAUUAUCACAUUCUAUUGAGGUCACUGUAGAAUGUGAUGUUGAAGAUAGUGAUCAAAAUAAUACUAAGGAUGACGAUUCAAUAAAUAAUAUAACAAAUACACCACCAGCAACAAAGGAACCUAAAGGUCCAUACUCAUGGGGAGGCAACUAUAAAGGCCGUCCCUCAAACAUACCUAUUGUAAAAGAAAUAAAACCGUUAAUUGAAAAAUACACCUCAGAUGAAGAACUCGACUCACAAGAAAAAAAUCUAAAUUCAAAUGUUCUUGAAAAGGAAAACAAUGAUAUCGAUAAAGUUAAAGAUCAAAUACAAGAGGAAGAUUUUGAAUAUUUUCAAUGGAAACCAUUAAAAGGUUGGCAGGGUACUAAAAAGUCGUUUCUAAAUAAAAGUAUGGGACCUACUUCAGUGUUUACCAGCCCUUAUGCAAGUUUUCGAGCAUUCUGGGAUAAUGGUAUUCUUUUAUAUAUUGCUACAGAGACAAAUAAAUAUGCUGAUAUUCAAAAUAUGACAGAUAGUGAUAAUUGGAUGGAGACUAAUGUUGAUGAAAUCCUAAUUUUAUUUGCCUUCUGGAUUAUGUUAGGUAUAAUCAAAAUGCCAACUAUUAAGGCCUGCUACGCCCAUAAUGUUUCAAUUCUAAGGACAGAUGUCUUUAGGCGACUUCUCUCUGAAAAUAGAUAUAUGAAGCUUAUAAGAUCUUUCUAUAUAGUCGAUCGUUCUAAAGAUCCGAAUGACCCUGAUGACCUUCUCUACCACUUUCGAACUCUCAUCGACCAUUUAAAUAGUAAAUUUAAAGAUUUUUACAAUUUAGAGCAAGAUAUUUGUAUUGAUGAAUCAACUAAUUUGUGGAAAACGAAUUGUCCGUUGGGUAUUAAAAUACGCCAUUUAUGUGAGUCGAAAACCGGUUACAUUUGGUCCUUUCUUGUUGAUUCGAAUCGUAAAAAUAAUUCUGGUUUGCCAGAUGUCGUGUAUAUAAUGAAAUUAUUACAGCCUUUGCUGCAUUUAGGACAUACUUUGUACACCGAUAGUUGGUUUAGUACCCCGAUAUUAGCAAGGUAUCUUAAACAGAAAUUUGUUAAUUUUGUCGGAACAUUGCGUAACUUUAAAGAUAUACCACCAAUAAUUAAAAACGCUUCACUAGAUGAUGGCGAAUAUGUCGCACGUCAAUGCGGCGAUUUAAUGGCGAUAGCUUUUAAUGGCGGGAAACGUCAAUGCUACUUGUCAAACUAUCAUGACAUCUGUCAAAUAAACGAUCCCGAUGCGGAAGGACCCCGGAAACAGAAAUUGAAAGUAAUCGAUGAUUACGAACGUGGAUUGAGAAAAAUUCAUCGCAUGGAUUUCUGUACCGAACCAUACCUGGAGCAAACGAACAAAUGGCAGUUUAAAUUAUUCAAAAUUCUAUUGAACAUGACGAUUCAUAACGCACGUAUACUUCUAGAAAAGUCGACUAACAUCAAAAUAGAUUCUUUAGGUUUUCGAUUAUCACUAGUUCAAACGAUUAUCGAACGCCAUCUUAAAAGCUUAAUUCAAAAAGAAAUAACGGCAAAUUUUCCUGCAGAACGGUUAACCGCGCGACAUUUUAUAAGACAAAUAUCUAUACCGGGUGAGGAAUUUGGUACAAAAAUAAACAAUAUGUGUUCUAUACGUAAGGCAUGUGUUUGGUGUAAACAAAAUGGCCGCGAUAGCAAAACUACCUUCGAAUGUCCAGAUUGUAAUGUUGCCCUUUGUCUUGAUAUAUGCUUUGAAGAAUUUCACACCAUUUCUGGUUGACAUAAGACAGUUCUGAGUGUCAAAUUUAGUACAGGUUUCCACUUUUUAUCGAUUUGUAUGAAACCAUAUUUUCGUCCCUCUUCUCUCUAGAAUAGAAGAGAUGAGACGUAUUGUUUUGACAUUAAAAUCUCAUGUUAGGAAUCUCUUACUUUUUUCGAUUCUCUGCGACCCCCGUGCAUGCAUACUUAUUACUGUGAAUCAUAAAUUCUGUUGCCUCAAAAAUAUAGUUUGCCAACAAGUUGCUAAGUUGUAAAUAUCUUAUUAACAUAUAAUUUAUGAUCUCUGAGUAUCAUUUUAAAUGUUCAUAUUUAUGUAUUUUUGUGUAUCGACGUAAUCAUUUUGAACAUCUAAGUAUAAGUAGUGUAUCUUCGAAACGUAAGAAAUAUUUUAUAAAUUAUCGAAAUAAGAAAUCUUAAUCCAUUUAAUAGUUUCCCUAUUGUCUGUUUUAUUUUUGUGACAAUGUGACUAUUUAUUUUAUAGCUUUAAGGAAUCAAAGACUUAAGUUUACUAUUUUCCGCCUAUUUGUUAAUAAAUAUUUUUAAAUAACA